GGCUGUUAGGCUCUGCCGGGCACGGGCUUCUCCGUGGCGCUUCCUGCCACGCCAGGCCUGCCUGGGCCGCCCCAGCGCCGCUCCGCCGAGGGCCGCGCGACGGCCGCCGCCGGCUUGGGUGGGGCCUUACCUGCCAGGCUGAUCCCUUGGAGUAGCUCUGAGCCAUGAUGAGUCAUUCGUGUGUGUCUCUUUUGGGUCCACCUACUCCCCAAGGUCUUGCCCUUCCCCAGGAUGGAGCCCCAGGAAACCAGGUCCUGGCAGUCCUUCUUGAGACGCCAGAGGCCCAGGAUUUGGUGACAUUUGAUGAUGUGGUGUGGUACCUCACCACAAGGGAGUGGUUGAGGAGGGACCCUGAGCAGAGGGUGCUGGCAUAUUAUGGGAACGUGACCUCUGUGGGUGUUCCUGUUUUGAACCCUGCCUUGGUCCCUCAUCUGGCACAGGGACAAGUGCUGUUGGUAUCAGACCCAUCGCCCAGCACAGAUCCAACUAAGUACUCUGAAAGCACCUCCGCUACCCGACACCAGCCACAGGAGAUGGCAUCCACAAGCUCCCCAAGGGCCAGUGACCCCAGUCCUGAAGUCAAACAGCACGGAGACUCUGACAGGAAGAGAGGGAGCCCACAGAAUCUGCCCAUAGAGCAUCAUUUUGCUUGUAAAGAGUGUGGGGACACCUUCCGGCUUAAAGUCCUGCUUGUCCAGCACCAGAGAGUCCACAGUGAGGAGAAGGGCUGGGAAUGUGGUGAUUGCGGUAAGGUCUUUAAGGGGGUGGUGGAGUUCAACGAGCACAGGAAGAGCCACGUAGCUGCGGAGCCCCGGCCCGGCCCCAGUAGGGCCCUGGAGAAUGCCACGGAGAAGAGGGAGCAGAUGGAGAGGGAGGCCAAGCCCUUCGAGUGCGAGGAGUGCGGGAAGCGGUUUAAGAAGAACGCAGGCCUCAGUCAGCAUCUGAGGGUCCACAGCAGAGACAAGCCCUUUGAUUGUGAGGAGUGCGGGCGGUCCUUCAAAGUCAACACCCACUUCUUCCAGCAUCAGAAACUUCACACUUCGGAAAAGCCUUUUGCCUGCAAGGCGUGCAGCAGGGAUUUCCUGGAUCGCCAGGAGCUUCUCAAGCACCAGCGCAUGCACACCGGCCACCUGCCCUUCGACUGCGACGACUGCGGCAAGUCCUUCCGAGGGGUCAGCGGGCUGGCCGAGCACCAGCGCAUCCACAGUGGGGCUAAGCCAUACGGCUGUCCCCACUGCGGCAAGCUCUUCCGAAGGAGCUCGGAGCUCACCAAGCACCGGCGGAUCCACACGGGCGAGAAGCCCUACGCUUGCGGCCAGUGUGGCAAGGCCUUCCGCCAGAGCUCCAGCCUUCUGGAGCACGCGCGCAUCCACAGCGGCGAGCGGCCCUAUGCGUGCGGCGACUGUGGCAAGGCCUUCCGCGGGCCCUCCGACCUCAUCAAGCACCGGCGCAUACACAGCGGACUGAAACCCUACGAGUGCGACAAGUGCGGCAAGGCCUUCCGCAGGAGCUCCGGCCUCAGUCGCCACCGGCGGAUCCACAGCGGUGCACGACGCUGCGAAUGCAAUCAGUGUGGCCGCGUCUUCAAGAGGCGCUCGGCGCUGCAGAAGCAUCAGCCGACCCACCACGAGUAGAAACACCCUGCGGAACAGGGACAGGGUCCCCAGAGGGGGAUGGCAGAGUCAAAGGAGAUGAACAGUUUUGUAGCGCUUAUAUAUUUUGUCUUCCGAAAGGUUGAGACCGAUUUCCACUGCCACCAGCAAUUUAUAAGUGUACAUUAUGCCCAUCGAGAGUAGCUUGUACCAUUUAACUUAGCUUGGCUAGUUUAACUGGUAGGAAAUACCAUCAAGGUAUUUCAGUCCACAUGCCUUGAAUCCAAGAAUGAGAAAGGACAAAUCUGGAUGUGGGGUUGGGAGGGGCUUAGAGGUCGUCGACUCCAAGCGCCCCCCCUCCCGACCCAGAGAAACACACAAAGCUGUUCCUUAUAAUGUGAUCCCAGCUUCCUGAAGACAAGUUGCC